AUGUCCAAGAUUAGUGGUUGGUCCGAAGAGUUUAGUGCACGCUUGAAAAGAAUUCAGCCUCAAGAUCAGUUUGAUAACGUUUCCAUUGAGUCAGAUUCAUUUCAAGAAGAAAGAGACUUUGGGUUCAUUUCACCAUUUCCAGGUUCAUCAAGUUGUGGUAGGCUCAAUCCAUUGUUCUUUGAGGAUCCAGAGUUAGAAUUGUUGACAAGUCCAUGUCCUUUGGGCCAAUUGAAUUUCGAUUUACUUGAUCCAGUGCCCACAGUUCAAAGCCGAACAAAGGAAAACUUAGUUCCAAAACCAGAAAUGGCAUCGAUCAGAGAGCAAAAUGGCCAAGUAGAAGGAGCAGUUGGGGGGACAUCAUCCUCUAACAUAGCGUACCCUGUUCCAGAGGAGGGCAAGACGAGUGAUUUUGAGUUGAAGAGUGGGUUCCUGCAUCAUUUGCCUAAGUUCCAUGGACUCUCAGGAGAUGACCCCAAUCAACAUCUCACUUUGUUCCAGUUCAACUGUGAGACUAUGUGCCCUAGAGGAGCAGACAUUCAGAUUGUAAAGAUGAGAGCGUUUCCUUAUUCAUUGGAGGAUCGUGCUCAAAAGUGGUUGUUUGAGGUACCUGCUGGUAGGAUUACUUCAUGGACAACAAUGGUCAAUGAGUUUUUGUCGAAGUAUUUUCCCUCAUCAAGGGUGACACACAUCAGGAAGCAGAUAACAGGAAUCAAGCAAGGACCAGAUGAGUCAUUCUACAAUUACUAUGAGAGGUUCAAAUCUCUUGUAGCAUCAUGCCCAGCCCAUGGGAUUAGAGAAGUUGCUGGACAAAGUCAAUUGAAUACCGUGACUCAAACUUUGGUGGUGGGUCAACAAGCGAAUAGCAAAGACAUUGCGGAGCUAAAAACGCAUAUGGGUCAGGUAGUAGACUUCAUGGGCCGUUUUUCUGAGCAAGGAAAGUUGCCAAGUGGUGUCAUACCUAACCCAAAGAAUGAGCAAGCCCAAGCUAUCAUGACAAGGAGUGGACUCGAGCUAAAGGAGCGGCCUAGUAUUUCUAGGAAGGCCCAAACAACCCAUGUUCUUGAGGAGGGUGACGAGAUGACUAUGAUGAAUGUCUUGGAGAAAGAUCCAUCUACCUCCAAGAAGGAGAGUGUGCCGAUCCAUGAAGCACACAAAGAUUUCUAUGUGCUAUACAUGGAGGUAUCACCAUUAGAGACAACUCCACUACUUUUGGGGAGACCGUUCAUGAGAACUGCAAGGACAUGCAUCGAUGUUGCAAAUGGGAGUUUGACGAUGGAGUUUGAUGGAAAUGUUAUCAGCUUCAACAUUUUUGAGGUAAUGAAGUACCCAGUUUCUGACAUUGACUCGUGUUAUUCUGUGGAUGAUUCUAUUGCACAGUUACCAUCUGUGGUACAAGCCCCAAAGUUAGAUUUGAAGGAGCUUCCAGAUCAUUUGAAGUAUGUGUACCUUGGAAAGAAUGAUACUCUACCAGUUAUUGUGUCAUCAACACUGAGUAAGCAGCAAGAAGCUAGAUUGAUUGAUGUGCUUAAGAGGAACAAGAUCGCUAUUGGAUGGACUUUGGCGGAUAUCAAGGGGAUCAGCCCUACAACUUGUGUUCAUAGGAUACUUUUGGAGGAUGGCGCCAAGCCUACACGUGAUGCUCAGAGGAGAUUGCACCCACCAAUGAUGAAAAUCAAGAGUGGGGUGACUGUUGUGAAAAAUGAGGCGAAUGAGUUGGUACCCCAGAGGUUGGUGACCGGUCAUAGGAUGUGCAUUGAUUAUAGGAAGUUGAAUGCUACAACACGCAAGGAUCACAUGCCUUUGCCGUUCAUGGACCAGAUGUUGGAGAGAUUAGCUGGACACGAGUUCUAUUGUUUUCUAGAUGGGUACAGUGGGUACAACCAGAUAUGCAUUCAUCCGGAGGAUCAAGAGAAGACGACAUUUACAUGUCCAUUUGGCACUUUUGCCUAUCGACGCAUGCCUUUUGGUUUGUGCAACGCACCAGGUACAUUUCAACGAUGUAUGCUUGCUAUUUUCUCUGACUUUAUCGAAAAUAUCAUUGAGGUCUUUAUGGAUGAUUUUAGUGUUUAUGGAAAAAACUUUGAUGCAUGUUUAGAGAACUUAGAGUUAAUCUUGAGAAGGUGUGUAGAAACUAACCUUGUUCUUAAUUGGGAAAAAUGUCAUUUCAUGGUGAAUCAAGGGAUAGUUUUGGGACAUAUUAUAUCUGAAGGGAUUGAGGUAGACAAGGCUAAGGUUGAUAUUGUGCAUCACUUACCCUCUCCCACAACUGUGAGAGAGGUUCGUUCUUUCCUUGGUCAUGCAGGAUUUUAUAGGAGAUUCAUCAAGGAUUUUUCCAUGGUGGCGAGACCUAUGUGUACCCUAUUGCAAAAGGAGGUGUCGUUCAUAUGGGAUGAUGCAUGUGAGAAAGCGUUUGUGAAAUUGAAAGAGUUGUUGACUAGUGCACCCAUCAUUUGUCCUCCGGAUUGGAACCUGCCCUUCGAAUUGAUGUGCGAUGCUUCAGACUAUGCAAUUGGGGCAGUGUUGGGCCAAAGAAGAGAAAAGAAGCCUACAGUAAUUUACUAUGCGUCUAGGACUCUUAAUGAGGCCCAGAUAAAUUAUUCGACUACUGAAAAGGAGCUUCUGGCUGUAAUAUUUACUUUAGAAAAAUUUCGAUCAUAUCUUUUGCAUUCUAAAGUUAUUGUGUAUUCUGACCAUGCCGCAUUAAGAUAUUUGAUGACUAAAAAAGAUGCUAAGCCCAGGUUGAUCCGGUGGAUACUGUUGAUUCAAGAAUUUGACCUUGAGAUUCGAGAUAAGAAGGGAAGUGAGAAUGUGGUGGCUGAUCAUUUGAGUAGGAUCGUGCGAGAUGAGGAAAGAGAGCCACUACGUGAGACUUUCCCAGAUGAGCAACUCUUUGGGAUGGAGGUAAGUGUGCCUUGGUAUGCAGACAUUGUCAAUUAUUUAGUUACUAAGACUUUUCCUAGUACACUUUCGCAUGCUAAUAAGGCUAAAUUGAAGAAAAUGGCUAGACAUUAUAUGUGGGAUGAACCGUAUUUAUGGAAACAAUGUAGUGAUCAAGUCAUUAGGAGAUGUGUCCCAGAAAAUGAGCAUAGGUCAAUUCUUAACUUUUGUCAUAAUGAGGCAUGUGGAGGUCAUUUUGGGCCUCGUAGAACAGCUUUGAAGGUGUUUGAAUGUGGAUUUUAUUGGCCUACUAUUUUUAAAGAUGCAUACAUGUUUUGUGUUUCUUGUGAUAGGUGUCAACGGACAGGUAAGAUUGGUCCAAGAGAUCAAAUGCCCCUUACUCCUAUUAUUACUGUCGAAAUUUUUGAUGUAAUCCUAGCAGAUGAAGAGAACAAGAAACUGAUAUUCUCAGAAAAGGUUCUAGCUGCUUUUGUUCCUAAGCUAGAGUAG